GGGCGGAAGUGCCGUACCCCGCCCAGUUCGUACCGUACGCGACGUUUUGGAGCAGAGUCUGUACCUCGGUGAUUCGCUCACCAGUCUGCGUGGGUAUUUACACCCGUGGUGUAGCUACAACAACAAGGCGCAAACAUGGACCUUGUGGAUCUUGCCAUGCAAGGGCUCUCCGUCUUUGGAUUCAUUCUUUUUCUCGUACUCUGGUUUAUGCAUUUCAUGUCCAUCAUCUAUGUCCGACUCUGUCUCAAUAAGAAGAGCCCUGACAAGCAGCCCUACAGUAAGCUGUCGGGGGUCUCUCUACUGAAGCCUCUGAAAGGAGUAGACCCCAACCUCAUCAAUAACCUGGAGACUUUCUUUGAGCUCGACUACCCCACGUAUGAGAUCCUGUUAUGUGUGCAGGACUAUGACGACCCAGCCGUUGAUGUGUGUAAAAAGCUCCUGGGCAAAUAUCCCAACGUAGAUGCCAGGUUGUUUAUAGGAGGGAAGAAGGUUGGCAUCAACCCAAAGAUUAAUAACCUGAUGCCAGGUUAUGAGGGGGCAAAGCAUGGCCUGGUGUGGAUUUGCGACAGUGGAAUACGAGUGAAACCGGACACCCUGACGGAUAUGGCCUAUCAGAUGACGGAGAAGGUGGGGUUAGUCCAUGGCCUUCCCUACGUGGCCGACAGACAGGGCUUCGCUGCUACACUAGAACAGGUGUAUUUUGGCACGUCCCACCCGCGCUCCUACAUCUCAGCCAAUGUGACGGGUAUUAAGUGUGUGACCGGAAUGUCCUGUCUGAUGAGAAAAGAUAUCCUGGACCAGGCUGGAGGGCUGAUCGCCUUCGCUCAAUACAUCGCUGAGGACUACUUCAUGGCGAAGGCUAUCGCUGACAGGGGAUGGAAGUUCUCCAUGGCAACACAGGUAGCCAUGCAGAACUCUGGGUCCUAUUCGAUUGCUCAGUUCCAGUCCCGAAUGAUCAGAUGGGCCAAGCUUCGUAUCAACAUGCUCCCCGCCACCAUCUGUGAGCCCAUCUCAGAGUGUUUCCUAGCCAGCCUGAUAAUUGGCUGGGCCGCGCAUCACGUGUUCCACUGGGAUAUUAUGGUCUUCUUCAUGUGCCACUGUCUGGCGUGGUUCAUCUCUGACUACAUCCAGCUCCGAGGAGUUCAGGGCGGUGCGCCGGCCUUCUCCAAACUGGACUACGCUGUAGCCUGGUUCAUCAGAGAGUCCAUGACCAUCCAGAUCUUUCUAUCAGCCCUGUGGGACCCCACCAUCAGCUGGAGAACGGGGCGCUACAGGUUACGAUGCGGAGGUACGGCCGAUGAGAUCCUGGACGUAUAGCUACCUGCAUGAGUCCCACCUACAGGGACAAUACCCUGGAUCCAAUCACCCCCAGAGACAAUACCAGACACAGACUGAACUGAUUUCCCAGAUGGCACCCUAUUCCCUAAAUAGUGCACUUUCUGACCCGGGCCCACACUUGCCCGUACAUUCUGCUCUGCUCAACAGUAGUGGACUAUUUAAGGAAUAUGGUACAGUUGGGGACGCGUCCAAAGAGACGGUGACAUUGAGAAGAAGAAGAAAGAAACAGCUAUGGAAUCAUCCAAAGUGUUGGCUGUUUUUAACCUGUGUUAAAAUGUUUUAAUUCUUUGUUACUGGUGCUCGCUCUUCUUUCCUGUUUUUCAUUUUAAAACUCUUGCUUGGACUAUUCUCCAAUAGGGAGAACGGGCCCAUGGCAGGAGAGAAGGGUUGUGUCCCAAAUGCACCCUGUUCCCUAUAUAGUGCACUACUUUUGACCAGAGCCCUAUGGGCCCUAUAAAGGGAAUAGGGUGCCAUUUGUAAAUAGCGUUACUCUCUUCAGCCAGUCUUUGGGGAUAAGAUGUGCACUUCCUACAGUAAGCUUCACUGUGCUAUCAUUAAUAUGUUGGUACAAUAUCGCUAGGUCUCCAGCAGCACUAACUCUAGAAUAAAAUCCUUCUCCGCUGACUUUUUGGUUUUAUAAAUAUGAGAACUACUGAAAGCUGAAUUCCCUUUGCUCUGUGUUUGUUUGUUGCCUGGUCAGAUGUAUUUUCUCGCCAUGUGCUGGUACGCUGAUCUGUAGUUACCUGAGCCAACAAGAUCACAGCUGUACUUACUCAUCAGGAGUCUCCUGCUCAGCUCCUUCAGGGUUACUUCCUGGCUGUGCAAGCUUUUAUUCCAGCCCUGCACUAACACACUUUGGUCUGGACCAUGAUUAGCUGAUUGGGUGUGUUAGUGCAGGGCUGGAACAAAAGCCUGACCCUACAGUAUGACGCUCUGUUCUACCUUCACUCCCGUGAAGCAAUCCUCAUCUUCACUCUCGUGAAGCAAUCCUCAUCUUCACUCCCUUGAAGCAAUCCUCAUCUUCACUCCCGUGAAGCAAUCCUCAUCUUCACUCCCGUGAAGCAAUCCUCCGUCUUCACUCCCCUGAAGCAAUCCUCAUCUUCACUCCCCUGAAGCAAUCCUCAUCGUCCCCUGAAGCAAUUCUCAUCUUCACUCCCGUGAAGCAAUCCUCAUCGUCCCCUGAAGCAAUCCUCAUCUUCACUCCCGUGAAGCAAUCCUCAUCGUCCCCUGAAGCAAUCCUCAUCUUCACUCCCGUGAAGCAAUCCUCAUCGUCCCGUGAAGUUCCUCUGACUGUCUGGUCUGUCAGUGUUCUGUCAUUUUAAACAGAAGAAGACGGAAUAUAAAGUUUAGGCUGAAACCUUUUUGUGAUUUCAAAGUGUAUUUCAUUGGUGUCACAUUGUGUAGUGUGGAAGUUCUGUAGCUGUAGGUUGUGCGUCCACAACGGCACUCUAUUCCCUAUCUUUUACUGCUUUUGACCUAGUCCCAUAUAGCUCUGUAGUGCACUAUGUAGGGUGAACAGGGUUCCAUUUGUGACACAGCCUAGGUCUUUUGUCGUGUGACUGUAUCCGUAGUGUGACUACUGUGCUACCAGGCUUAGACUCUGGGGUUAGAUGGUAAACCUAUACAUACAACAGAA